GCAGUGGAAUGCAGAUGUUGUGAAAGGAGUUAACUACACCCCUUCAGAGCCCACCAGCAACUUGUUCUCAUCUAAAAAUUUCUGCUGAAACAAGAGUCGAUUAAAGAAGACAAAUGGCCAAACUUACACUUAUUAUCUGUGGAAUUGCUCUUGCAACUGUCUUUAUUCCAAACUUUCUGAGUGCUGGUCCUGUAGGGCACCAUGGAGAAGAGGAUGAGGCUGCUCCUGAGGAAAAGUUAGACAGCAAAUCAGCGCUGAGGAGGCUGGUGCGCAACAGGAGGAACAUUGCCUACUACAGACGUCUCCCUGAUUUCUGGGGCUGGUAUAAAUACUUUAUGGAGACCAACAAUCAGGAAGGAGUUGAAAACAUGGAUCGCAUUUACCUUGCUUACCUGCAAAACAAGCACAGAGUAGAAGAGGGCCAAUCUUUCAACCAUUACCUCACUCACCUGAGCGAAAUUUACAAAGCUUGUGCCAACUCAGAUGACCCAGACUGCAUUGCAGAAUCCACCAGCAAACCCAAAGCUAAGCUUGUCAUGCCUUUACCUGUGAAACAAGCUACCGUGACAGUGUGCAACCCAUACCUUGACCCCUACUGCAUCUAUGCUGUUCGACCAAACGCUGCAGAAGAGGAGCCUUCACAUGACCCAGCACCAGCCCCUGCAAAAGUCCCUGCUCCAAUCCUGACCCCUCUGCUCCCUCUGCCUCUAAAAAACCCAACAGGCCCCCACUACUACUACGCUCCAGUACUGGAGCCUUUCCUGUCAGCUGAGCAGAGGGCAGAGCUGUUGCGGAUCUGCAACCCAUCAGACACUGAGUGUCUACAGUACCACCUGCGUGCUGCUUAUGGCUACAAGCCUUCUCUUGACCCUCUGCCCUCUUAUGCUCACCUUGGCUGUGAUCCUACCAAAGAUCCUUACUGCCAGCCCAAGCUGGUUGCAAGAGCACCUUCAGGUCUGCAUCACCUGUACCCUACUUGUAACCCCGCCACUGACCCACUCUGUGUGACCAAUGUAAUCGCACCUGCAGCCCAAACUGCUGAGAGCGCAGAGGCCCCUAAAGAGAAAUAUUGCAACCCAUUGUUUGAUGAGGGCUGCAACCCUCUUACAGCCACCAAGCUAUCUGGACUCACUAAGCCUGUCUUGGAGUACACUCCAAAAGAUGAGCCAGCACCACUCAACCUGGCUUGCGAUCCUCGCUAUGAUCCUUAUUGUCUGAUGGGGGGAGCCACUGCUCUCAGGAAACCCCCUCCACUCCUCCCAGAGUUUCAGACCCGCCACCGACUGGGUGUUCAUGGGAAGACAAAAGAAGGCUAUGACUGUUACGUGUUCUACGAUAAGGACUGCACCCCAGUGCAGAAUCAAGACUUGAAGACCAGUGCUGCCAGUUCUAAAUGAGACUGCCACCCUUAUGACCCCAGCUGUGCCACUCAGCUGUCCACUGCAGCAGAGGAAAAUGGUGAAAGAUUGCAUCAUUGAGCCCCGCCCCGACUGUGACCCAAAAAUUGAUUACAACUGCCGCCUGCACAGAGCAGAAUCUACAGCUGAGCAAAAACACGAGUCAAACCAGCAGGAACAAUACCAUGCCAACCCUGUAACUGAACAUGUGGCUCCUGAAUAUCCAGUUCCCCAAUUUGAUGUCUUCCUGAGAGGAUAUAUGGGUGGCUACAAGAUAUUAGAAAAGUAACCCUUUCCUGUAGAAACUGGAUGAGAACAAAUACAAACAUGUAGAUACACAUAGCUGACAGUAGAACCACUUGGUCACAAAGACUGAACUCAAAUCUGUGCAAGAGAAGCAACUCAAGAUCACAAAAGAGAAGAAUCAUUUCUGCGCUAAAGUGGAUUAAAUACUCUUGAGAUAUGUGUAAUUCUGCCUGUGAUAUGUCAUGUUGGGAAAUUUGUGGGAUUCAUGAGAUUUAGGGGUAUUAUUGAUGUAGAUGUGACGCAAUCUAUGUAUUUAUGCAUUAUAUUGAGUAGGGUUAGGAUAUUGAACAUGACUAAUACUACUUCUGUGUAAACAAUUUUCUUGUGUUGUAUGUACUUUUUCCUUUUGAUUUGUUAUUUGAUCCUUUUAUAUAUGUUUAAUGCAGUUUCCAACACUUUCUACCACUGACAUAAACAAUGCCU